AGUCCGGCGCAUGCUCAGCAGCGCGGCGAGUCCACAGAUGAGGGGAGUCGAGACUCUCGCGCCCCACCGCCCCCGGUGGAGCUGCUGCUGAGCCGCUCAGUCUGAGCCCUGGCUACGAAUAAAGUUCGUUAAAAAAUCAUAAUCAUUCUUAAGAGAGCGAAAGACAGUGCGAGCCAGUCGCGCGGCACCGCCGGGAGAGCUGGCGCGUCGGGAGGAGGCAGUGGCGGCAGCGGUUGCGCCGCGACCAGGAGGAGCCGGUGGCGCCGGGCAGCGGGUCCGCGGCCGGCGGGGGACGGUGAGUAGCGGCUCGCGCUGCGGUGCAGCGGCGCUGCGCUCACUUCACUCGCCCUCUCCAGAGGGAUGGGGAUUCGUCCGGCUUCGCUGGGGAAGAGCUCGCUUCUCCCCGGGGUCCUGGGCUGUGCCUUACUCUCUGAGUGGCCAGGGGUAUCGGGGGCAGGGGCCUCCAGGCCUGGCUCCCAUCCCCUAGUUUUGAUCGCCUAGCUCCCGCUCUCCCGCCCCUGAGCACGGAUCCCAAGUUCCAGCUGGAGAAAGUGGGCGGCCGCGCCAGCCCGGCGCCCCCUCCCCGCUCCCAGCGAUUUGCACGGGAAGAUCUGAUCAGCUGGAAUUAGAGUUGGUACAGAAACCAAUUCAUCUCCAAAAAUGUUGGAGGAAGAUAUGGAAGUUGCCAUAAAGAUGGUGGUUGUAGGGAAUGGAGCAGUUGGAAAAUCAAGUAUGAUUCAGCGAUACUGCAAAGGCAUUUUUACAAAAGACUACAAGAAAACCAUUGGAGUAGAUUUUUUGGAGCGACAAAUUCAAGUUAAUGAUGAAGAUGUCAGACUAAUGUUAUGGGACACUGCAGGUCAAGAGGAAUUUGACGCAAUUACAAAGGCCUACUAUCGAGGAGCCCAGGCUUGUGUGCUCGUGUUUUCUACCACAGAUAGGGAAUCUUUUGAAGCAGUUUCCAGUUGGAGAGAGAAAGUAGUAGCUGAAGUUGGAGAUAUACCAACUGUACUGGUGCAAAACAAGAUUGAUCUCUUGGAUGAUUCUUGUAUAAAGAAUGAGGAAGCUGAGGCACUGGCAAAAAGGUUAAAGUUAAGAUUCUACAGAACAUCAGUGAAAGAAGAUCUAAAUGUGAAUGAAGUUUUUAAGUAUUUGGCUGAAAAAUACCUUCAGAAACUCAAACAACAAAUAGCUGAGGAUCCAGAACUAACGCAUUCAAGUAGUAAUAAAAUUGGUGUCUUUAAUACAUCUGGUGGAAGUCACUCGGGUCAUAAUUCAAGUACCCUCAAUGGUGGAGAUGUCAUCAAUCUUAGACCCAACAAACAAAGGACCAAGAAAAACAGAAAUCCUUUUAACAGCUGUAGCAUACCCUAAAAUGUUUUGAGAGGAAAAAAAUUGAAUUUACAUUGUGCAAUUUAGUAAGAAACUCAUCCAGCUGUCAUGGUAUGUUACAAGGUUUUCAGCAGUCUUUGCACCUAAUGGCUCUCUGAAAGUGACAGACUUAAAUAUUGCUCUGCAGUGCUUUUGAGAAUGUAGAGUGAGACCUUUGGUGGAAAAAUUACUGCCCUGUGGAGUCCUUUAAUUUUUUUUUUACAUUAGAUGAAGCUUCUCCAAUUUUAAGAAAUUUCAAAAUGGGUUUUGCUAAAUUUUAAAUGCUGGAAAACAUAAAUGAAAUGCCUAAAUAUAUUAUAGAUUUUAAUACUGUGGAUCAGGAAAGAUAGCAAGCAUUCUUUUCCUCAAAUUGGUCAUCUGGCUUUUCUGCAAAAUAGCAUUGGAUCUGAAUACUUUCACAAAAGUAAUACUGAAAGAUUAAAUCUUGCCAGACUGCAUUAGUAUUUUAGUACUUGUGCAAUAUCUGUGUCAUGUAGACUGUGAGGUGUGCAUGCAGAUGUCUGGUACUGGAGUCAGCUGAAGGUAAGUGCAGUAUUUAAGAAAAUAUACAUUCUAAUUCACUUUAAAAACCAUUUACAUAUUAUGUAUAUGUUUUUAUUUUCAAAACUCUAGACAUAUAUUUUGCAAAACGAGCUUGGGUUUAAAAAGUGCUUUGUGCCAAAAAAUACCAUACCUAAUUUUUAUAGUGCUUUACUAUUGUUUAUUGUAUCUUUUAAAAGCAGUAAGCAGUUUUCCUCUGUGACAGCAUAGAUAAAAGAGGAGUCUAGGAAUUUUAAUGCUAGAGCAAUCUCCUUGGUGAGCCCUUAUUGCAAAAUCUGUGGCAUCAUCACCCGUAAGUAUAGUGAGCUCCUGCUGUCAUUAGAUCAGCCAAAGCCCCUUAAGAAGGUACACAGCACAUCUGCAGUCAUUCAGGAGGUCCUGUGAAGUGUGGUGCUGCAUCUAACACCUUUUGCUGCUCACUAACCCAGCUUUGCACUUACAAGAUUAUACUAACCAUUUUUUAAAUGCACACAAAUAUUAUUAUUACUCUUAACCCAGAUUACAGAUUUUACAGUGCCCUGCAACUCAAAACCAUUCUGUUUAUACUUUUACAUGGUACUUUAAGAUGAUCACUUCCAAAUUUCUCUAACCUUCAGUUUCUAGAGCACUGUCUGAAGAACUGUCAGUCCCACAUACGAAAUCAUUUCUUUUACAAAAUCAUUUCAUAUGUAAUCAUGUGUCAAGGCAUAAAUUUUGUCAGUUGAGACAGUAGCUUUCCAGCUAAGAUAAUUGCAUGCACUCUGUUAAAACCUAUUAUCAUUCAUCAAUGGCUUUAUUUUUAACCUUAUGAAUAACCCCUUUCAAUAUACCUGGUUUUUAUAGCAUUUCAAAAUAUGUAAAAAUAACUUCUGUUAUUAGAAAAUGAGUCAUGAAGUCAUUUUUCAUUAUUUGUACUAAAAAAUGUUUUAUGUAUUCCUUUUGUGUUUUGUUUUUUAAGUCUUCCAUCUGCACCCCCCUCAUCCUCCUAAUGCUGAGAAAAUCAAAUUUUCUGGGUGUGUCCUUGUUAAGUGAUCAAAAGUAAAUGUUCUCUUUGCCAUUUUAGAUUGAAAAAUAAAAAUAUUAAAAAGUAAA